AUGGCGACCCGAAGGUCCUGUGAUCGCUGUUACAAAAAGAAGGAGAGAUGUACCUUCGAGCCUCACACUGGAAAGUGUACCCAGUGCGUACAAUCUAACUCCCCAUGUACCAGUCUACGAUCUCGUAAUCGACCAGGGCGGAAGCCAAAAGCCACGGCGUUUGGGAAGUAUGGAUCACUUCACGUCUGGGACGCGGCCGGUGGAUCGAAUACACAAAGCCACAAACUCGACGCAUGCCCAACACCUUCGUCAACGUCCUCACUAACGUCCUCGCAAAAGUCCCCCGAUGAGAUUGACAACGAGGCUGAGUCCAGCCGUACUUUUGAGGGAGGAGAACUGGUGCCAGGUCCCAGGCACUACCAACGAGAGGAAGGGUUUUCGGUUCUCUGGAGGAGAGAGCUGGGUAUUUCCUUGGAGCAGUUAUACGAUCUCCAAAACUCCAGUCUCGAGUUCUUCUAUGCUACCAACGAUAUUUUCAUGUUGGGCCCCGGGUUCGCCGAUCAGUUUCUGACCACGCUUCGACAAUGUUAUGAAUUUGCGCCUGGCUUCCUUCGAGACACCUAUCAGGCAAUGUUCACCGCCCUCAUCUGGGCCCGCCAUCAAGCAACUUCGUUCGAUCAAGUUGACAUUAGCAGAGGCGCUUUGUCACUGCGAAGAUUGAGGACUUUCAGCGUUUGCAACCUCCGAGAUGCCGUUGCGGCUGUCAGCCUCGGGCCAACGCUGGCGGCAUUUGACGUACUCACCAGAUGUGUUGGCUCCGUCAUAAUAUUGCGUCAUUCUCUGUCAAUGGUCCAGGCUUGGUAUCCAACACUUUCAAACAGUCCAGGGCUGGAUCCGAUCAUUAUUGCACCCAUCUUCUGGGAUACCGCGCACUGUCUGAUACUACGGGAGAUCCCCAUCAUUCGAUACCUGGUCCGAGACCCUCACACAGUAGACCGCGUGGCUGGAAUGUGCACAACUCUACUGCCUAUCCUGUAUGACCUGUGCGUGGCUAGCAAUAAAUUGAGGCGCUCGGGAGAAGUUCAGCACGUCAGAACCAUAAGGGAAGUUGAAAACAAGAUCAUCGCCUGGCGGCCAGACUUCGGUCCUGAACUCCACAGGUCAUUUUCAAAGCGGGAGAUCCUCGCCAUGACUGCCCAGGCGUCCAUGUACCGUGCGGCAGCAUUGUUGACUAUUCACCGUCUUUUCAACCUAAUUGGGACAGCAGACGACAUUGCCAAAGCCUACGCUACCGAGAUCGUGGCCAAACUCCACGAGCAUCUUGUUUCGCUCGGCCAGGAAGAGAAGCUCCAGCACACAGCGCUCCCGAUGUUCCUUGCCGCCCUUGAGCUCCCAAACCUGGCACAAGAGACCUGGACACGGCUGUCUCUGCUAAAAGCCCCGUCGAUCUGCCUGAAGAAAUUGGCAGCGGUCGUCGAGUUUGUAUGGGAGCAAAGAUCAAGUGGCUUUUCCGGGUCUCUGUUUGACUUGCUUGAAGCUGGGCCGGAAUUUGUUGUUAUCCCUUGA